AUGACCUCCACACCGAGCUUCUCGUCUUUUCCCGACUUCUCAGCUGGUACUGAACCAGGUCCUUCUCGACCCACCCCUGCAGCACCUGUACCCAGCUUUGGAUCUUUCCCAGAAUCGGCAGAACCGAAGAGGUCAAAGCGAAGGUCACGCUCACCGUAUUAUGAUGAGAAAAGGUCGAAGACAAAAGAUAAGGAAGAUGACAGGAAUGAAAGUCGAUCUCGGGACAAGGACCAUGAUAAAACAUUUAGAGAGCGAGAUAGGUCUGACCGGCAUAAGCGGGAUAGAGACGAUAAGAGGGAGAAGGAAAGGCGGAGAGACAGGUCAAGGAGUAGAGAGGGGGAUGAAUACAAUCAUCGUGAUAGGUUCAAGGAUCGUCAUAAGGAUAGAGAUAGAUCUGCGGAAAGGAGGCAUAAAGAGGAUAGACGUCGGAAAGAAAGAGAAAAGGCUAUGGACCUAAUCAGAGGUAGCGACGUAGGAAUAAUACGGUCAGAGAAAAGGAAGGAAGGAAGAGUGAUCAGUAAGACUGAUGGUCAAUCCUGGUACGAGAGUGUCGCGACAGUCAAGGAUGAAGGGAUAGAUACGGCUCCUUCUACCUCUUUCUUUCCUGAUACUGUGGGAGAUAGGGAUGCUGUAAGGUAUGGAAGUACCUCGUCAGCUAGUGCGCCGAGAUACUAUAGAGACGGGAAAAACCGGAUAUUAGGGUUGAAUGAAGGCCUUCGCAUAGUCUACUCAAGAGAUAGGACACAGAAAGGGGUGGAAGUAGCCCCCAAGGGUAGACCCUAUUUACCUCGAUAUAAUUCCCGUCGAACCCAAUCAGCGGCUUCGCAGCACCUCCAACGUAUACUUCUUCUACCGUCGGACGAUCAAGCUUUUAAUUCAUCUGCACCUUACAUAAGUUUCGCUCUCAAGACCGCUCGUCAGGAAACGGAUAUACCUUCGUAUCGAGACAUACAUCAACUACAAGAGGAUGAGGAUUCGGAACUGGCUGAGAUACAAGCGGCUAUCGGAUCGUACUCCACACUCGCAGAGGAAGUACGUAGAGAAACAGUGGAGACUGAACAAUACCUCAAAUCUCAUCCGGGUGUUAUAGAUAGAUGGAUCAAAUACUCUCAACUGCACCUGAAACUCUCGCCUGAUCUUACGUCAAAAUCGGAUGCUGCUCAAAUAUCAACCAAAACACGAGCGGAAGCAGAAGUCACCUUAUCAAUCUUGUCUCGAGCGUUAGAUGCUGAAGAAGCUAAUUUCAAUUCGGAGAAACUACAUCUAGCAUACCUAAAAGCAGCCGAACAGUUCUGGCCCAAUGACAAAGUCACGAAUAGGUGGAAGAACGUUUUGAGAGAGUUGAGUGAGAAGAACGAUCAGGUGGAUAUGAUGGAUCUCUGGUUAGGCUAUAUCACUUGGAGAGAAGGUGAUGGGUUUGGGAAGGGCGAUGGAGGUGGGGUGGAUGAAGUGGUGGAGGUAUACGAGGAAUGCAUAGGAAAGCUGAAAGAGUCUGACAAGGGUGACACUCAAGCAAGAGAGGAAAAUCUGGUGUAUCUCUUUUUGAGAGCUUGUCUAUUUCUCAAACAAGCUGGGUAUACCGAGAGGGCUCUGGCGAUGUUCCAAGCUAUCAUGGAGAUAACCUUCUUCAAGCCUGAUCAUCUACGUAUUAGCUCCUCUUCUGCCCAUAUUCGAUUUGACGACGUUUUAGAUGAAUUUGAGGGAUUCUGGGAUACUGAAGCCCCAAGGAUAGGCGAACCUGGCUCGAAAGGCUGGAAGAAUACUGCUCCUUCCGCUGUACCCUCAUCACAGGUUCUCAGACCUUUAAACCGCACAUCCGAAGAUCCUUUCGAGAAAUGGUUAGAAGCCGAGCUUCACGCUGAAUCGAAUUACUCUAUGCCCGGUCGAGCUACCGACUUGAAUGAAGAAGUGGAAGAUGACCCGUAUCAUACUAUCCUUUUCAGUGAUAUCCGACCAUUUUUAUCCCCCAUCAACUCUCCCGAAGUUCGCUUACAGCUCAUCUAUGCAUUCCUAACUUUCCUCGGAUUGCCAUUUACUCCUCCUGACGUACCUUCUUCGUCCCCUGCAUCCAACGAUCCUCAUCUGCAAUGGACACUAGCGCAUAAUCCAGCUAAGCGAAAUGCAUUCUGGCCACCUCGACAAAGCUCCAAAAGACUACCUUGGCAGACUGUUGGUGGUGAGCCCAUGGAUCCUGAGCGUACGAGAGGCUUAGAUAAUCCGUUCGAAAGCCCAGUCAAAUGCUGGCUGCAGGAUAGGAACACUACUCUGGGGAGGAAGGGAAGUUGGUUCACCGAUAUAGAUGCAGAGGAUGUUGCGGCUUUAGAUGUUGAUCUCCUUAGAAAUGUCUUCAACGUCCUCAGACCACUUGUACCGGAUCCAGCUUUCACGUUGGCUUCAUUCGCAUUUGAAUCUGCUGUGUCUGCUAAAGGCGCUGUCAAGUUUGCAAAGUCCGUUCUCGCGUCUGAUAGGGAUAAUUUGCUUCUAUGGGAUGGCUAUGCUCGUUUGGAACGGCAAAGAGGCAACAUCCCAUCAGCAAGAACGGUUUAUGUUACUGCUCUUCAAGCUGCUAUCGCUGUUCGAUCGUAUGGAGUGGUCACCGAGGACGAAUUAGAUUUAUGGGCGGGAUGGGCGGAGAUGGAAUUUGAGAAUGCACAUGAAGUAAGGGCGUUGGAAGUGGUCGUACUAGCUGUGGGCGUGGGGCAAGACCGUCUUGCCGAAUAUCUCGCACCUGACCGAUCUCCCGGUCAACCCUCAUCGGUUGGCAUGCUAAAGUCGAGGCAGUUCUACUUGAAUACGCAAUCGCCCUAUUCGCCUAGUCAAUUGUUAUUGAAAUCUUUGUUCCACUACUUAACCGAGGACAUCGGUUCGACUAGAUCGUUCUUGCUCAAUCACCUUAUAACGCUUCUACCUUCUAGCGGCGAAGCCGAAUAUACUCUUCAGUUACUCACCAAAAUACUCUAUUUUCACUCUACUCGACAUUCCGCCCCUGCAUCAUUGUCAAGAGAUACUCUCGAACUUGCCCUUUCCUCUUUUCCCAACAACACGUCCUUCCUCUCACUCUAUCUGUAUGGUGAACUAGGAGGGAGAGUUUACGGUCGAGUACAGCGACUUAUCGCAGACCUAACAUCCCAACGGGGGAGUCACGGUGAAUUGGUGGUUCACCUAUGGGCUAUAUGGGCAGAAGCUGUCUCUUCACAUCGGACGUUCUGGGAUGAGGGUGGUACUGGUGCUGAGAGGGUCAGAUUGUCUUUAGAUAAGGGUAUCAAUUCAGCGAGCGGGAGAUACUCGGCUGCUCUAUGGAUGCUGUAUAUCGAGUUCGAAUGUUUGAUGGGCAGACAACAGACUGCUAAACAACUAUGCUAUCGAGCGGUCGCGUGUUUGGGAGGAUGUAAAUCUCUAUACCUGUUACCAUUCUCACCAUCCCUUCGACCACAUUACACCACGCGCGAACUGAAAGACUGGGCGGAACUCAUGAUGGAACGUGGAAUCAGAUUACGUAUACCUUUUGAAAGGUAUUUCGACACUCAGGAGGACGAAGGUGCAUUGUUGGAAUUCCCUGAAGAUGAAGAUCUACAAGAGGACGAACUUGGUUUCUUGAGGGAGAGGGAGGUGGCUAAGCCUUACUGA